AUGGCGUUAGACCUGCAGCAGAAGGUGUUCCGCAUCCCGAGCAACGUCGCGGUGUCGACGGGGCUGCGGUGGGACUUCAUCGGCGCCGACCCCGUCGACCUCGACCUCAGCGCCGUGUGCUUCACGAGCGAGGGGAUGUUUCUCGACUGCGUCUUCUUCAACCACCCCUUUCCCGCGGGCACCGACGAGGAGGCGCUGCGCGGCUCCGGCGUGCUCGUGGACCCGCAGCAGCUGCCCUACAUGUUCGUCGGCGGCGACAGCAGGAUCGGCGGGGAGGAGGAGAACCAGCUCCCCGGCCUCGCCCUUGCCGCCAAGCGCCGCGCGUACCAGCUGCGCAACAGCAGCACGGACAGCAGGAAGAAUGAGGCGAAGCGCAUGGGCGUCGUCGACGCGCUCUUCUCCCGCCUCUACGAGGAGACGGAGCUGGACGGGGUGGAGGAUGCCCUCGACGAGGAUCCCCACGGCGCGGCGGAGGCGCUGGGCGACGAGGACGACCACCGCGCCCUCCGGCGACGGAAGCGCCGCGAGUUCUGCGACGAGUCCGUGACGUUUGUGAUGCACAAGAUCCCCGCGGAGGUUGCCGUCGUCUUCCUCGUCGUCACGAGUUACACCGGCGCCGACUUCACGACGCUGCCGGGGGUGAAGCUGGAGGUGGUCAACGAGACCGCCAACGAGCGGGUGGGGGCGAUUGACCUCAAGCGCUCCACGGGCGACGGCACCGCCAACCUCGCCUGCAUGCUCUGCCGUCUUCCGCCGCUCACCGACAGCCCCGCGGAGCCGCAGCUGUGGGACCUGCGGGAGCUUAACGUGCGCGCGUUUGGCUACACCUUUGUGGACGUGCUGCCCGUCAUGCUGGACGUCCUCGACGUCGAGCGCAACUCCCGCGAUGACGCGCUGCGGCGGCUGCCCGACUACCCCCUCUCCAAGGAGAGUUUCCAGUACGCGGAGCAGCCCCUCUCGGAUGUGCGCUUCGGUGUUGGCUGGUACGGCGAGCACGACCUCGACGCGUUCAUGGUGAUGCUGGACGAGAACAACGACUACCUGGACCACCUUCACCCGAAGCAGGCGAAGCUGCACUCCAUCUACCCGCACGUCGCACGCCACUCCGGCGACAGCCUCAACGGGUUUGGAACGACCGGGGAUGAGGAGUUUAUCGACCUGAUGACCUACCGCAUGCCGUCCGAGGUGCAGACGAUUCUCUUUGGCGCAACCUACGUGGAGAGCUUUGGCAGCUCCGCGGGGACCCUGAAGAGCAUCUUUGACGUCCCAAAGCUCUAUCUGCGGCUGCAGAACCGCACGGCGGAGCGGCCCAACUCCUCCGAGGUGGAUCGGUGGAACAUCCACUACGAGGCAGAGGAGGAACGCGCGUGGAGCAGGGGGAGGCAGAGGGAGAAGAAGGGCGCGCAGGGACCACAGGGCUCUGUCUACCGCAACUACCCGGGGGGCGAUGGAAAGACGCACCCUGUGCGCAUGGUUGUGCUGGGGGCCAUGGUUAAAAAGGGCGAGGUUCCCUUUCACGUCAUGUACCCCGGUGGCCGCCUCGACCAACAGCAGUUUCAACAGAAGCAGGUGGACCGCCAUGGCUCGAGCAAGCCAGAGGAAAAUGUCCCACUGUUUGAGUACAGCCCUCUGCACGAGUACGCCCCUGUUAGUACGGUGGAUUCCUUCUCCUCGCUGAUGCCUUUUCUCUACUGCAUCGCCCAGUAUCGCUGCAACGCUGGCGGCGGCGGUGGAGGAGGCGGUACGUCACGAAGAGGAACGCACCCAAUUUACGCGCUCAGCGCCAAAAACAACGUUGCGAGCCGGCACUCCGCCGCCUUUCCCGACUCUCUCCCGUCGCUGUGGGAGGAUAUGAAGGCGUCGGGCUCGAUACUGGCGUACUACGCCCUGCAGCUGCAGUUCGUGGAGGUGCGCAAUCUGCGGCCGACGCUCCCCCACCGCUUCAAGUGUCACGGGGAGGCGUGGGUCUGCGGGGGCGUGCCGUCCGGCAAGCGGCCCAUAACACCGCACGACUCGCCCCCGUUCCGCACACCGUACCUCAUUCACCGCGACAAGACACGGUGGGAUGAGAGGAGCCCGGCGUCCUCGGCACUCUUCUUCGUGCGCAGGUUCGACCGCAUCCGUGUGCUCGUCUACGAGUACGCCACCUUCGGCUCCGUGGAGCUGGACCUGAUGCAGUUCGACGAGCUCUGGAGGCCGGAUCCGCAGCCCGCGACCCACGGCUUCAAGGGGGCCUUCAACGGUUUCGAGCGGUGGUUUCCCCUGACGGGUGGGAGUUUGACGGACGGGGAAAUCUGCCUGCGGCUCUUCCGGGUGCCGGAGAAGCUGGCGCUGGGGGUGCGCAAGCGGGUUGACGCUGAGGCCAACAAGAAGCGGCGUCAAAUGGCGCAGCAGCGGGCGGAGCGCAGGGAGGACGCCGCCAGGGAGCGCUACUCGCCCACGUGUCAGGUCAUGUAA